GCGCUCCCCAGUUCCGUCUCUUUCCCGACCUCCCUUUUGUUUCUUUGAGGCCCAGGGGCUCGUUUAUAAAAAGAAUAGCCGAGUCAGCAGCCCAAGCCCGAAGCCCUCCCGUAGCAGCCGUGCAGGAUGUUUCCGAAAAGAAAAGGGAAUGUCUUUCUGCACAGUCUAUGAGCCCAGAGCCGGCCGACUGCCUUCGUUGCUUCCUGUGCUGUGAUUGAAAGCAAACAGGAUGGGAGUCCAGCUCAGCGGAGAUAAGUCAGGAUUGGAGCACAUGUUUUUCCCUGUGUGGGCGUCACAAAGAAACCUUCUCAGCUCCAGGGAGUUUUGCUGAUUUUCAAACUGCAUCCUAAGCAGAACUCAACUGUCAAAGAGGGAAAAGCCUGCAAAGAGCACGAUGGGAGACGAAAGGGAACUACAUUCUGGUUCGGCCACCGUGCCGGACGACUGCUUUCCUUUGGCCAAGAAGUCCGCAUUAUGAGUGGAGUUUCCAGCACAUGGUUUGAAAAGGAGAGGAGGCGAGGGAACAUAAGUGCCUCUCCCGGCCGACCCUCGAAAGACCCUCGAGGAGCCUCAACAGCUGCACAGAAAUUCUGGAGGAGGGGAGCAGGGUUUCGUUGCCCGAUUGCUUUCGAAACCGGACAGACCGAGCGCUCAUAUGAAGGCACAGAAAGCCGCCAAAGAGCAGCAACUUGACAUCAUGAACCAACAUUACAAGGAGCUGGAAGGCCGCCUGGACGAGAUCCUCUCGCGGAUCGCAAAGGAAACAGAAGAGAUCCAGGACUUGGAGCAACAGCUCACAGAUGGCCAGAUAGCAGCAAAUGAGGCACUGAAGAAAGAUUUGGAAGCCAUCAUUGCUGGGUUGCAGGAGUAUCUGGAGAGCAUUAAAGGCCAGGCCAAACUAGCCAGCGAAGAAUGCCGGGAGCUACGGAAAGAUAAGGAAGGUUUGUUACAGAGGCUGGAAGAACUGGAGGGCGAGAGGAACCAGCUGGAAAUAGUUGCCAUGGAUGCAGAAAACCUGCAAAAAGAAGUGGCUGACCUCGCGCAGGCCCUGGAAGAGCAACGACAGCUCAACGAGGCCCUGCAGGAGGCUCAAGGAGACCUGAGCGCUUACGAGGCUGAGCUGAAGGCCCGAGACAUUGAAGUGACCAAGCUCAAGGAAGAACUGGAGCGGCUAAAGCACCGCAGCCAGCUGGAAUAUUCUGCUCUCCAAGCUGAACUUUCCAAGGAAAGGCAAGCCCUGGAGAAUGCUUUGACCAAGACGCAGUUGUUGGAACGGCAGGAAGAGGAGAAUCAUCAGCUGCUUUCCCAAGUCAAACAGCUGAAGAAAGAUAAUCGCCUUUUGAAACAACAGCUGGACGAUGCUCAACAUGAGCUGGAGCACGCGACCAAUGGCUUGCUUCAUCCCGAGGACGUCUUGGCUCGCCUGAAUGAACUCCAGCGGAAGCUACAGACUGGGGAAGAAAUCAGAUCUCCUAAUCCUCAGGACGUUUUAGGGAAAAGCCUCGCCGGUCUGCAUCAGCGGUUUGCUGAGAUCCUUGCUCAUUCCCGGCAAGAAAAGGAAGCCACUCAGGCCAGGGAAAAAGAACUUCAGAAGGAGAUGGCGUCUCAGAAAGCGGAGUUGGAAGAAGCGCAAGAAAAAUACCGGCUGGCCUGUGACAGAGCCGCAGAAGCCAAAAUUAAAUCCGAGAAAAGGCAGAACAAAGCCAGAGUCCAGCAACUGGAGGAUGAAAUCCGGCAUCUGGGUGAAAAGCUGAAGAGCAUGGAGGAGAUCCAGGGGCUCACUGAUCAACAGCUUCAAGAAGCCGAGGAGGAGAAAGAGAGGAUUCUUGCGCAGCUUCAGGACUUGGAGAACAGGAAAAACGUGGAAGAAGCUAAAGCACAAAUGCAGUUCCUUGGCAUUGAGAAAGAGCUGAGGGAGCUAAAGAAAGUGAUAUCGGCUUCAGAUAAACAAGCCACCGCAGAGCUAUGGGCCGCUAAAGAUCAGCUCAGGGCACUUCAUGGGACGGUCUGCAGAAUUCACCAGGAGCGCUCAGAGGAACUUCAGGAACUGGAGAAAUUCGGGACGCAGGCCACCCGGGCCACGAAGGAUCUUGCCCUCGCGGAAGCCGAAAUAGAACUGCUGCAGCAGCUGCUCAAAGAGAAGGAAGAACAGCACGAACGAGACAAGAACGACUCAGAGACAGUGGCUUCCUGUUUUCAGAUAGAGGAGAUCGCCAAGUUAAAGCAGCUUCUGAAAUCUCAGAGAGCAGACAUCGACCGACUCCGUGGUAUAUUAGAGCAGGCUGGGACAGGCGGUAGGGAUGACGUCGGUGCCAUUUUGGAUGGAAUUGCAGCGCUCAAGCAUGCCGUCUCUCACCAGAGCGAGGCCAUCGCCAGCAUCAUGGAUCCGCUCAGGCCGAGGGGCCCUUUGUGCUACAUCCCUUCGCCAUCCCAAGCAUCCACUCCUGCAUCGCAGAGCACCAAAGAUUCUGGAGUCGGCCUCCAGUGCCCUACCUCAACCCCGAUUGGCAAAGGCCAAGAGGAAGGAAAGCUGAGAAAGAAAGAGCAUCCGAUCUGUCCCGUUGCAAGAGGGUGCCCAUUGCAUCCACCCGUCGGGAGUGGCCCCCAGGAUCCUCUCUCCGCCGGAAGAAACCAAGAAGAUGGUGACGCAGCUCCUCAGGGUGGUUCUUCCUUUCUCCCACCACCGGGCUCGGUCAUUUAUACCGUGCUGCCGGACGGCACUCCAGCCCCCCAGGGAACCGUCGUGUACGGCCCGCCCCCACCUUCUGUAGCAGCCAACGGAGGCCCUACUACGGUGGUCUACGGCCCGCCUCCUGCUGGCACUCAACUUCUCUACACCCCUCUUCCUGCCAACUGCUCUGUGCCUCUGGUUCCUGUUGGCGUGCUUCACUGUAACAUCCCUGAGCAUCAUCACCUGCAAGAAAGGCUCUCCUGUGGCACUUCUUCCUGUGUCUUCCAGGAGAACGAGAUCUUGAGGCUGGAAGCCAGAAUAGACCAGUUAAAAUCUCAGCGGCGCGAGGGCCAGUCGGCCAGAGCCAGCCCGCGCAACCAGAGCGAUGAAACGGAAGAACGACACCCAGGAGUCCGAGAUCUUUUGCUUGAAAAGAAAGAGCUGGAGCGCCAGGUUGCAGAGCUGCGUCGGGUAGCCCAGAGACGAAACCAGCGCAAAGACUUUAUCGAUGGAUGCUCCAACGGCCUCCUUUCCGAGCUGGAGUUGGAGAAAUCGCUCCAGCACCACGACGAUGUUGUAGAUGAGAUUGAAUGUAUGGAAAAGACUCUUUUGAAGCGACGGGCGGAGCUCAGGGAGGCCGACCGGCUUCUGGCGGGAGCUGAGCUGGAACUGGAAACCACACGAGGAAAAACCAAAGACACCAUUCAGAAAUACAACACCGCGAAGCGGCAUUUGUCUCAGCGCGCGGACGAAGCCGAAGAGCUGGAACGACGGGCUCAGGAGAUGGCCGUGAGGCUCGUCAAAGCGGAUCAGCAAUUAAGGUUGCUUCAGACGAACGCAAGAGACCUAGAACAGCACAAGAUGAAGCAGGAAGAGAUUCUGAAAGAGAUCGUUAGAGUCAUCUCAGCCAAAGAUUCUGAAUUUCAGUCGCUGAGCCAGAAGACUGAAAUUUUGACCGAAAUCCUUCAGAAGCUGCAAGCAAAUAUCCAGGUCGCUGAAGGCAACGAAGAUCACCACCUCCGGAUCCUGAAAGAAGCCGAACACCUUCUUCGGAGCAAGAAGACUGACUUAGAGAGGCUGAAGGAUCAGUCAGCAGCUCAACAGCAGGAAGUGCUAAGUUUGGACCGGAAGCUCGGACAGAAAAAAGAAGAGCUGCAUCUUCUGCAAGACAGCCUUGCCCAGAAAAACGCUGAUCUCGCCCAAGCUCUCCGGGACGGCGAGGCUGAAGUGACCAAAAAGAGACGGCAAAUCAAGGAAAUGACAUCUUUUCUGGAAGAGCUGAGCGUUCAGAAAGGAGAACUCAGCGCUCAGCUAAGUGAGAAGAGAGCCCAGCUUUCUCUUGUAACGCAGGACAUCCACAAAGAGGAGGAGAGAUUACAGGAUAUCCUGGGAUUGGUGGCGAAGCAUAAGACAGAACUCAAGCACGUUCUGGAAAUGGUGGAGCUUGAGAGCAACGAACUCGAGGGCGUAAAACUUCAGCAUAACCAAAAAGUGGACGAAUUAGAAAAAAUGCAGAUGGCGAUCCUGGAGGAGAAAGUCCAGCUGGAGACGCUGCAACGGGCGUCUCAGCAGCAGCGCGGAGAAAUGGAGCACCAGAGGCAGCUGCUCGAGAAAACCCAGCGAGAAGCUGAACAGCUGACUCCUCAGCUCUGCCUUCUGCAAAAACGCGUCCAGGAGCUGAGCGCCGAGAAAGAGCAGCUGGAAGAAAACUGUGCGGGUCUGGAAGAAAAAUUGUCCCAAACCAAAAGGACCUUGGCUUCGACAGAAGGUAGCAGCAAAGCCGCCCUCGCCAGCUUUGAAAAAAUGGAUCUGGAUGUCCGGGAAUUGCAGCUUGACAUCGACCAGCUACAAAAACACAGAAGAUCCUUAAACGGAGACCUUGAAAACCUACAAAAGCAUUUUCAGGAAAAACAAGAAGAGUUGAAUGUGUUGAAGACGGAACUGAAUGAGUCCAGACAUCAUCUUCAGCUCUUGGAACAGGAUGUGGAAAAUGCCACGAAGCGGAAAGAGGAGCUGCUUCGAGAAGAGACAGCCUUGAAAGACAGCGUCAGCGACUGGAGGCGGAAAGGUCACGAAUGCAAAGAAUCGGAAAGGAAGAAGGAAAUUCAGCUGGAGAAUCUUUGCAAGGAAAUAGAAGAUCGGAAGCAGGAGAGGGCCAAGCAAGAGAUGGUCCUUCAGCAUCUCCGGGAGGAGACGCAGCAGGAAAAAAAUAAGGCGGACGAGUGCUUGACUAAACUGAUGGAUCAGAAACAGCGACUGGAAGAAGAGCAGGCCCAGCAGCGUCGCCAGCUGGAGGAGGGGAUUGCCAAAGUUCAGCAGGCGGACGAACGGCUCCGGAAGCUUCAAGAAGUGGAAUCGUGGCAUUUAACCCUAGAAGACACCAUCCGCAAGACACGAUGCCAACUAUCUGAGAAAGAACGGCAGCUGCAAGAAAAGGCAGGGGAGGUGGCCUCUCUCCAAAGGGAGCUUGAACGGUCCAGGGCCCAGGAGGGCCUGCUCCGAGCUCAGAUCCAGGAAGAGAGGGAAAGAGCCGAAAAGCACAUCGCCAGCCUGAAGGAAGCCAUCCAGACACAGAGGGCCCAGCUGGAGAAGUCGCUUCAGCAACAGAAACAGGAGAACCAGUGUCUGCAGAAAGAAAUGGUCUCCUUAGAGCAAGUGGCGCAGGACAACCACGAGCGAGCAAAGCGGCUGAUGAGGGACCUGGGCCAGAUCCAAGAGGAGUACAUGCAGCUGAAGUCACAGAUGAAGAAUCAAGCGGAUCUGGAGAAACGCCAGAAAGAGAUGAAGGGUGCAGUCAAGAUACUCAAACUGGAAGUGAAAGACAAAAUCCGGACAGGUUUGAAGGACCUCAGCCAGUCUCCUCCGGAGACGUCGGAGGACCUGGAGGCCGGUUUUGAAGCCAACGGAAAGCCUCAAAGGGCCCCGGAAAGCCGGAAGGAAAACUAUCCUUUCACAGAACAUGAAGCAAGAAUGCCGGGCUUGGAUGACAAGCUAGAUCUGGCCAAAGUCCACAUCAUGGAUGAACAGUGGCGUGGAAGAGCACGCAGAGAACAACUGGAGCAUCAGGAAGAUCGGCUGAAGGCUCGGCUCCAGUUGUGCAUGCUGAAGCAGGCGGAAGUGUUAAUUAAAGGGAAGCAACAGACCGAGGGCACCCUUCAUAGCUUGAAGAGGCAGGUUGACGCUCUGGACGAGCUGGUGAGCAGCACCUCCACAGACUCCCCGUUUCUGUCUUUGAACUCCUCGGGGCUGACAGACACCUCUCUGCACGAAGAGCCAAACCGUGCAAGAAACCAGUUUGCCAGAUCUCCUGCCGGGACAACUCCCGGUAUUCUGCCACCGUCUCAAAUCAAGCACCAGUCCAAAGCAUAAUCCCAGCAAAAGAGGAAAAAACAUACACAACUCAUAUUGGUGGGGCCAAGUGCCCAUAAUAAGCUGGAUUCAAAGGUACCUGAAGAUUCCUACCUCAUUUGCCUUAUUGACUGUUCCUGAGACAUAUCUGCAAACUCAGGUUUAUUCCCUCCUCUUGUGUAGCUGAAUGUCCUGGAGGGAGGGGGUUUGAGAAUAGUGGCAAUGCUGGAGCCCCUAAUUUGUUUCAAGCACUGAAAGUUACAGCCAUCAGUACCUGUGCACUUUUGGAAGCGUGCGUGCAUGGGUUUAUUUAUACAUAGGCGUUCUACGUUUCUUUUUACCACUGUUGAAUGGAACUGUUUUUCUAUUUUCUUAAUAAAAUGUGACAAAACUGUUUA